AUGAAAGUACAGAUUGGAUUGAAUGCCAAAGUGAAAGGGGUGGGGAAUGAGAAGGCCACUGUUAAAGAAGGGGGUGAAACAGUUGGUGAUGCAGUGGAAGAGAUUACAAAAGAGGUUGUAGCGGGAAGCAGAGAUGAGGAACUUGAUAAGGAUGAAACCAGCAAAGGAGAUAAUGAGAAUGAUGAGGAUGAAGAAGAAGAUGACCUUCAUGACAGGAAAGGAGGUCAUGAUUAUACAGUUGAGGAGGUAGAAGAUGAGGGUGACCGUGAUGGUCGUGGAGGUGAUGAUGACGAUGAUGAGGAAGAUGACCAUGAUGACAAGGAAGGAGGUCAUGUGGUUGAGAGGGAGGAAGAUGACCAUGAUGACAUGGAAUUCAGUCAUGAUUAG